AUAAAUUCAAAGAAAACAGAAACAGGAAGGCAACUGUUACAAAAUUAUUUGUACUAGUUUAAACUUUACAUACGUAUAUUGGAGCGAAAAUAUAACGUUCGGAAAUAUUUAAUGAUUUAUUGCCGUUUGCUAAUGGCUUCAUUAGAAACUUUUUAAUUGAUUCUGUUAUAAUCUAUUACAUAUUUACAAAAAAACAUUUAUUAAGGUUUUUUUUUGUAUUCACCGUUGCCGUUGUAUGCCCGUUGUAUAUGUGGCUGAUAUGAUGAUGAUAAUGAUGAUAUGCCCGUUACCGUUAAUUGCUGCAGCAAUAACUUCAUUUAUUGCACGACGUCCAACAAAGAAGAGUGUUACCGAACGUCAAAAAAUCACAAUGUUUUAAUGUUUUGGAGAUAAUGUCAAGCCAAUGUCAUCAUGUCAUUGUUUGUUAUCCGGUGUCCGGCAAUCACAAAAGUUUGUUUGAUAAAACCAAAGAUUUUGUUUUAAGGUUCUACUAUAUUUAAUAAUUUAUCUGAGAUUCAACUCAUUACCCAUUUUUCUAAUAAUAAUAUGGUUCGUGAAGGAGUACUGUCACCGGCGGAAUCCGGAGAGUUUAUUGCUAAAAAUGCACAACAUGUUCAGAUUCACGAAUCGGGACUUGAGAAACUUUGUGAAGAGAUGUUACCAUCAAUAACAAACAAGUUGGAGAUCCCAGACACAGGUGCAGAUAUCAUCCAUCCUGACAAGGAUCAUGAGAAAGCUGCAGACUGGGUGUUUGUGGCUGAUGCCCUCAACUUCUGCUUCUGGUCAUACUCCGGUGCUCAGAAGUGGACUGUUGAUGGACAUUCUGGGUACUAUGCUCUUGAAGCUGCACUUGCUAGAGCUAUAAAGAAUGGAAUCGACAUAACAAACCCCAAAUAUUACUCGAAGAUAACUGAAGAUGAACUGCGGUCUGUCAUGAAAGGUGACAAUGAAGCCACCAUACCAUUGUUUGAACAAAGAGUAUCAGUACUUCACGAAGUGGGAUCUAUCCUACUAGAGAAGUACAACGGUACCUUUGAGACAUGCAUGCAAGAAGCGAACAAAUCUGCUGUCAAACUACUAGAGAUUAUUGUGAAUAAUUUCCCAUGUUUCCGAGAUGAAGCUACAUUCAAAGGACAGAAAGUGGCUUUAUACAAACGGGCUCAGAUCUUAGUAGCAGAUUUGUGGAACUUCUUCGGAGGUACAGGGUGGGGAGAGUUCAAAGACAUUGACAAGAUGACAAUGUUUGCGGAUUACAGAGUGCCGCAGGUGCUCCUUUACUUUGGUGCACUCAGUUACAGUGCUGAACUGAUGGAGAAGUUGAAAAAAGAUAUUCUUCUUCCAAGCGGUUCAGAAGAAGAAGUAGAAAUCCGAGGUUGCUCCAUCCAUGCUGUGGAGCUUCUCAAGAAGAGAAUAGAAGAGAAGCUAGAAGGUCGCAGUGUUGAGGUGCCUAACUCCAGUCUGAUAGACUAUUAUUUAUGGUGCUAUAGGAGGAAGUAUGCUGAUGCCAUGGAAACCAUACCCUUCCACAAGACCCUGGGCAUCUACUACUGAUGGUACCUAACAUUAAGUAUUAUAAAAUAGGUAUAAGUUUAUACAUAGUGAAUUGAAAAUAAUGGUGCUGGUUAGUCCAAAUGUAAUUUAAUAGUAUUCAAGUUGAGGUAUCUUUAUACUAGUCGGUUUAUUGUUUAUAAUUUUAUUAUUAAGUUUAGAUGUUAAGAAAUAACGAUGGCGAACUAGUAGGUGACCUGUCUUACGUUGGGUGGCUGUAUAAAGAUAUUAUCGAUUUUCUGACUCAUUCAUUGAUGGCUAAAGUUGGUAUCUAGUUUAAAUCGCCAGUUACAAAUUUCGUAUUUCGUAAUUCUCGUGAAAUAUGACAAACAUUAUGACUGUAAACACAUCAAUAUUUUUAUAUCGUGUAAUAAAAUGUAUUGCUAUUAUAUUGUAUGUAUUAUAUCAGAUAGCACAUUCAUAUCAAUCUAACAACCGCGCCUUUUCUAAUAAUUGAUAAACAAAUACCAAUAAUCAUUAUUUUUCACCAUUUACAUGAAUAGUUGGGAAAUUUCAUUAUAAUUGGUGUACCAGUUUGUUGGUACAAGGCUCACAAACAUAAUAAUAUAGUUUCACAUUUUCCUAAACGUUGAGGUACUUUAUCUUUGCAUAGACCUUCAUAGCUCUUCAUAUCCAAUCACUGCCAACCGCCUUUUGGGUAUCGCCACUCCACCUAAUUGUUACCCCUAAACCAGCCCGUAGGGUCACUUAGCGUUAAGCUCUCCUCUUACCUAAAUUAAUUUGUGUAGUAUACAUUAUUUUACGUAUGUAUAUGUUUGUAUAGUCGUAAUAAAAUGAAUAUAAAUAAAACAAGCCAACAUUUA